AAAGCAACUUCAACCAUCAAAAAUCAUUUUGAAUGCAAAAAAUUGUUCUGUUUCAUCUUUCCAACUAUAACAACCCAAUUCUACAAUCCCUUAUCUUUGCUGAAGGUCAUUGUCGUUGUGCAUUAGAUUGGUCAAUUUCAUUCUGGGAAAAAGUCCUAUAAGUUAAAAAUUAUUAGUGCCUUUUUCGAAAUGAAUAAUUUAUUGACAAGAGUCGUUGCUAAACAGUUUGUAUUUAAAAACGUUAUAAGAUCUAUAAAAACCGCACAACCAAUAUGCGGCUCUUUUAAGGUGCAAGACGAUAAAGAUUUUACUGAAAAAGUUGAAAACAGUAAGGAACCUAUAAUCGUCGAUUUUUACGCAACGUGGUGUGGUCCUUGCAAAGCAUUAGAGCCUCGUCUUGAGAAUGUUAUCGCUCAGCGAAGAGGAGAUAUCCAGCUAGCCAAAGUUGACAUCGACGAUUUGGGUGAACUAGCUGCUAAAUAUGAGGUUAGUACAAUUCCAGCUUUGGUGGCUUUCCAGAAUGGAAAAGUUAAAGAACGUCUAGUGGGAUUGCAAGAUGAGGAUAAAUUGAAUUUGUGGAUUGAUAAUGUCUUAAAAAAAUAAUUUUAUCUUAGACCUAAAACAAACUACCACAAAUAAAUUAAUUUUGUUGUAUAAUGGAUUAUUUUAGUUAAGUGCUUCAGUUCAAUAAAUUCACAAAUGCACCAUUAGGGAGCUUUAUGGACAUGUAAUUACCUUCUAAAUGGUAGGUUUAGUUUAAUGAUAUGAAGCCUGUGUAGUAAGUUUUUGUAUUAAAUUGUAUUUAUAUUUAUUCUAUUAAAUUUGUUACUGUUGAAAGUAAAAUUUCUUGCUGGGUAAGCACUCCAUAUU